UUCAUAAUGGUAUACGGAGACAGCUGUACAUACAGAGUCUAUAUGUCAACAGUUUUGUAUCAUACAGAUUGGAAAUAUUAAGUCAUGGCUACAGGUGGAAAAAAUGAUUCAGAGGAUUCUGGUUUUAUAACAGUUGCUGGAGAGGCUGCCAUUAGACCUGAAGACACAAAACCAAUAGCCAGUAAAGGGAAUAAGGAAACGUCAGAGUUAAAUGCAAUCAAAACAAUGAAUAAAAAUUUAAACGAAAAAAUCAUAACACUGAAAAAGGAAAUAAACAAUCAAACUGAAGACUUUAAUGCAGAAAGGAUGGAACUGAUUCGAAGCCAUAGAAGAGAAACUGACAAUUUGAAAAAAGUACAUAAUAAAACUUUAGAACGUCUUUCGGCCAAAUCUCAAGAAAUUACAAGACAGGCGGAGGAAAUAAAUAAAUUGAAAGCUACUAUAGAAUCACUAGAGAAAACUGAAAAAGAACUAAGGGAAAAAAUCGAAAACGCAAAAAAAGAUGGUCAAAAUAAAAUUGAGUAUGAAAAACAAAUGCGAGAAAUGUCAGCUUCAAGAAAAGAAAUUGAAAAACUUAGAGAACAAAUUGUUAUAUUAGAAAACACAAUAGCUGAAAAGGAAAAAGAAAUUUCCAAAGAAAAAGAAAAGAAUACCGAUCUAUCAGCAGAAUUUGGAAACCUUGCCCAAAAGCAAGAACAUGCCAUGACUGUCAUGAAGGAUGAACUGCUGAACGAGAUUAAAGAAAGGGACAAAAGUACAAAAGACAUGCUACAGCAAAUUCAGGGGCUAAUUGUCCAAGGCCAGAGUAAACAGAAAGAUGUUGAACACAAUCCGAAAUUAAGACAAGGCCAGUCUCCACUACCACCUAUUCGCGAAACAACAACAUCACGACAAUCAGGGUCUGACUCUAAAAGUAAAUGGAAGUAUUAAAUUACAAAUUAAAUGUAAAAAGCUGUGUAUAGUCUGAACCAAUAAAAAAUGACUUUUACUCAGUAUUUUUGGUGCAGCAAGUGUUCAAAUGUUACUGUGAAUUCAAUCAGAGAUUAAUAGCAUCCUCGAAAAGUGUUCCCCACUGUGGAUUUGUGUGCGUUGUAUUAAAAAAAUUCAGGCUUACUACCACUGAUCCAGUCCCAAUGUUGUAUUUUAUUUUAUUCCGUCAAUUUCCUUCUUUAAGCGCCAAACACACUUUUUACAAAAAAAGACCAUUCGCCGUUGUUCAUUGAACGGAACGUUAGUGUCACGCUAAAUCACAUUAAGGGUUCCGUGAAUACACAUCUACAGAUACUACUCAAUGAAAUACUAUGCUUUUGUUUCAAUGAUCAGUUAUGCUUUAUCCGGGGAUUUGAGAUGUGAACAGCAAGUUUGAAUACACCACUGCUGCCCAAAGACACAAAUCAAACUUAGUCUGCACUAUCAUUUCCUUUUGCGUAUGUGGCAAUCCAUUUAAUCUUCGUAUUUUGUAUUAAGAUAUUAAAAAACUAAACAUGCAGUGCCAAAUGAACGGUAUCAACAGCUGCAAAUGUAAAGUUUAAAAAAAGCUGAAAUGUAAGAUAAUUAUCAUAGGUAUGAAGGCAGAUGUUUUAGUCAUGACAGAAGUAAUCGAGUACAAAUUAACAGAUUUACGAAAUUACGAGUAACCGACAAAAAAAUAUUAAAAUGAUUUUAUGUACUAAACUCACUCUAAAAUGACAUUUUUUAAAGUCCCAGCAUGAUCAAGAAUUUCUGUAUUAUUUCUAUAUAUUUUGGGUUUGAAGCGCGAAUAUAUCUAUAUAUGUUGAACGAAAUUUAGACGCCGACAGAAUCAUCGAGUGGUUUUUCAAACAAGUCAUGUGCCUUUAACAAACCCUGGAAGUUACAAAAACAAUUGUCAUUCAUUUGACAUGUACUUUAACGUUUCUAUAGUUCACUGUGACAACCAUUGUGAAAUCUUAACGCUCUAACCCGACCCACGUGGGUCCAGUUAGGAAAUCAAAAUUUUAUUCUUUGUAAGGAGAAAAGUUUUAUUCCUGUGUGUUUUUGAGGACAUUUAUAGAAUAAUGAAUGAAAAAUUCAAAACUAAGAAAUUCAAAUUUUGCCUAUAUCUCCCUUUAACAUUUUAUUCCGCGUUUAAUGCGGAAGGAUAUAGAUUUGGCGUUGCACUUCCGGACGUUCCAGCGGGCAUACAUGCAAUGGUGUGUUAGCUUUAUUCUAAAAGUAAACAAAAAAAAACAGAUUGAACAAUUCAGAUGCAACGGCUUUAACAUUGCUACGUUUGUCCAAAUGCAAAACAACUUCCCUAUAGGUGGAUAUAACGUGUUUACGCA